UGUUCCAGUGAAAGCCAACAUUUACAAAUUGUCAGUGGCGAGCCAGACCUGUCAACGAGUUAUGAGCGUGGAGCGUAUAUUCGAUGAGUUUGGACACUUCAAAAGGUUCCAGGCAUGUCUGUACUUUGCUGCUGUCUUCCAGGCCAUAGCCUGCGGAAUCCACUACCUGGCCUCCGUGUUCCUCGUGGAGAGCCCAAACUUUGUCUGUGCUCCGCCAGGUAACAUCACUGACGUCCUGUACGGGAACCACACUGGUGCUUCCCUGGAGGAGGUGCUACCAUUCUUCAAACCGGCGAACGGGCCCAUGGUGGUCCAAACGGCUGUGGGCCAACAGUGGGAGCUUAGCACCUGCCAGCGCACUCAGCGGAUGAACCCCACAGACUUCACCUACGAGCAGGUCGUCAACAGGACGACGGAAAAGUGUGACGAGAACGACCGUUACGUGUACGACCACAGCGAGGUGUAUCAGAGCAUCGUGACGGACUGGGACCUGGUGUGUGACAGGGAAUGGCUGGCCAAGCUGUGUCAGCCCACGUUUAUGAUGGGGGUGCUGGUCGGAGCGCUGGUGUUCGGGGACAUCGCUGACCGGGUUGGCAGACGGAGGGUCCUAAUGAUCACCAGCCUCUGCCAGUUUGUGUUUGGUGUAAGCGUGGCAUUCAUGGGAAACUACUACCUAUUUAUGGUCGUCCGCUUCCUCCUCGCCAUGGUGUCCAGCGGCUACCUUGUAGUGGUGUUUGUGUACGUGACCGAGUUCACCGGCAACAAGGUACGCACGUGGACCUCCAUGCACGUGCACGCCGCCUUCGCCGCAGGCGUCAUGAUGGUGGCGAUCACGGGCUACCUAGUGCGUACCUGGUGGAUCUACCAGAUCAUCCUCUCCACCUGCACCUCGCCCUUCCUCUUCUUCUGCUGGAAGUUUCCCGAGACACCCUUCUACCUGAUGGCUAACGGGAGGCUCCAGGAGACCCAGGUCCUGUUGGAUUCCAUAGCCCGCUUCAACGGCCUGGAGCCUGGCCGCCUGAGGGCCGAGGACCUCCUGGAACCCAAGGAGGCUCUGCUGGAGAAGGAGGUGGCACCGGGGAGAGCACAGCCAGCGGAGCCCGAGAGAAAGCUGAGCAUCCUGGACCUGUUUGGGACAUGGAGGAUGGCCUGGAGGACAGUGACAGUGUGGGCAGUGUGGUUCAUUGGCAGCCUGGGCUACUACGUCUUCUCCCUGGGCUCCGUCAACCUGGGGGGCAACCAGUACAUCAACCUCUUCCUGGCUGGUGCAGUGGAGUUCCCUUCCUACCUGAUUGGCUGUUAUGCGAUGGACCGGGUGGGCAGGAAGAGGACAUGUGCCCCAGCUCUGCUGCUGGCUGGAACGGCCUGCAUGCUCAUCAUUGUGGUGCCAAAAGACAUUGAGGUGCUAGUCAUCAUCCUCAGUAUGACAGGGAAGUUUGCCAUUGCCAUAGCCUUUGGCCUCAUCUACCUCUACACCUGUGAGCUCUACCCAACUAUCAUCAGGUCCCUGGCGGUGGGCAGUGGCAGUAUGAUGUGUCGUGUGGGCAGCAUCGUGGCCCCUUUCUGUGUCUACCUAGCUGACAUCUGGCAAUACCUACCACAGCUGAUUGUGGGGAUCCUGGCGUUUAUAAUAGGCGUUCUGACCCUGUUGUUACCAGAGACCCUGGGUGAGCCCUUGACCAGCACUAUGGAGGAGGCUGAGGCUCUAGGCAGGAAGAAUAGCCCUGAUCAGGGAAAGAAAGACCCUGAGGAGGGGAUGGAGAUGAACUAGAUCCAGAGCAACUAGUUGGACGGCAAGCCCUGAGGGACACACCUCACCACCAAUCAGAGAGAAGGAGGCGGCCAGGGAUAGAGAGGGGGUAGGAAGUGGAGGAGAGAGAGAAGGAAAGAGACUACUGGAAGCGAUGCCAAGAAACCAACAAAACAAACAACCGCAAAAACAAACAACAUCGAAUUUGGAACCUUAGUAGGACCUUUUGUAAUAAAGUGUUUUUUUACAUUUUGUUCUGCAAAGUGGCCAAAUUCAGAGCUGGUAUGCUCUGGUUGAGCCAACCAACCGCAGCCAACCUCUGAGUUCCUUGGCUGCAGCUGUUCAGACAGAGACAGAGGGAAGGGAAGUGAAGGCCCUUUAUUCAGCACAUCUCAGUCUCCUGAUGAGAGCCACAUGAACUGAGCCUCAUGGUCGACAUUCACGUCACGUGUGCCUUCCAAUCACAGCCACUAAUGAAUGUGUGUGUGAGAGAUUGGGAGCGAGAAAGAAAGAGUGUGCAGGUUCUAUGUAGGAAGUGUGUGUGUGUGUGUGCAUGUGUGCGUACGUGCAUGCCUGUGUGUGUGCGUGCGUGUGAAAUUUGAUAUUACACUGACUGAGACUGUGAUUUAGUUACCUCUAUUCAGUCCAUUGAUCAUCUAGUGCAGCUGAUUUUGGCUAUGUGUUACAGACAAUGCUAUUGUUAUGUCAUUUAAAGUGUACUUUGUUUAUCUGAAGUCCACACACACAAACACACACACACACACAGACAGAAAAGUUUAUAGUGUUUGUGUUUUCUAUAAGUACUUUAUACUGAAUCUAUCUCAGGGCAUCCACCAUAGGAUCUCACUGUGAUAAUAUACAGUGUAUUCGGAAACUAUUCAGACUCCUUCUCUUUUUCCACAUUUUGUGACGUUACAGCCUUAUUCUAAAAUGGAUUAAAAAACUAAAAAUCCUCAUCAAUCUACACACAAUACCCCAUAAUGACAAAGCAAAACAGGUUUUUAGAUAUUUUUUUUUUACAAAAAAAAAAGGAACCUUAUUUACAUAAGUAUCAGACCCUUUGCUAUGAGACUCGAAAUUGAGCUCAGGUACAUCCUGUUUCCAUUGAUCAUCCUUGAGAUGUUUCUACAACUUGAUUGGAGUCCACCUGUGGUAAAUUAAAUGUAUUGGACAUGAUUUGGAAAGGCACACACCUGUAUACAGUGGGGAGAACAAGUAUUUGACACACUGCCGAUUUUGCAGGUUUUCCUACUUACAAAGCAUGUAGAGGUCUGUCAUUUUUAUCAUAGGUACACUUCAACUGUGAGACGGAAUCUAAAACAAAAAUCCAGAAAAUCACAUUGUAUGAUGUUGAAGUAAUUCAUUUGCAUUUUAUUGCAUGACAUAAGUAUUUGAUACAUCAGAAAAGCAGAACUUAAUAUUUGGUACAGAAACCUUUGUUUGCAAUUACAGAGAUCAUAAGUUUCCUGUAGUUCUUGACCAGGUUUGCACACACUGCAGCAGGGAUUUUGGCCCACUCCUCCAUACAGACCUUUUCCAGAUCAGGUUUCGGGGCUGUCGCUGGGCAAUACGGACUUUCAGCUCCCUCCAAAGUUUUUCUAUUGGGUUCAGGUCUGGAGACUGGCUAGGCCACUCAAAGACUUUGAGAUGCUUCUUACAUUGAAGAGACUGACGCUCCCCCGCUUGGAGUGUCGAGGCACACUCCUUAGUUGCCCUGGCUGUGUGUUUCGGGUCGUUGUCAUGCUGGAAGACCCAGCCACGACCCAUCUUCAAUGCUCUUACUGAGGUAAGGAGGUUGUUGGCCAAGAUCAUGCGAUACAUGGCCCCAUCCAUCCUCCCCUCAAUACGGUGCAGUCGUCCUGUCCGCUUUGCAGAAAAGCAUCCCCAAAGAAUGAUGUUUCCACCUCCAUGCUUCACGGUUGGGAUGGUAUUCUUGGGGUUGCACUCAUCCUUCUUCUUCCUCCAAACACGGCGAGUGGAGUUUAGACCAGUUCUUUUAGACCAGUGGAUUUUUGUUUUAGAUUCCGUCUCUCACAGUUGAAGUGUACCUAUGAUAAAAAAAUGACAGACCUCUACAUGCUUUGUAUGUAGGAAAACCUGCAAAAUCAGCAGUGUAUCAAAUACUUGUUCUCACCACUGUAUAUAUGGUCCCACAGUUGGCUGUGCAUGUCAGAGCAAAAACCAAGCCAUGAGGUCGAAGGAAUUGUCCGUAGAGCUCCAAGACAGGAUUGUGUCAAGGCACAGAUCUGGGGAAGGGUACCAAAAAAUGUCUGCAGCAUUGAAGGUCCUCAAGAACACAGUGGCUUCCAUCAUUCUUAAAUGGAAGAAGUUUGGAACCACCAAGAUUCUUCCUAGAGCUGGCUGCCUGGCCAAACUGAGCAAUCGGGAGGUGGGCAGGGAGGGAGGUGAAUCUGACAGAGCUCCAGAGUUCCUCUGUGGAGAUGUGAGAACCUUCCAGAAGGACAACCAUCUCUGCAGUACUCCACCAAUCAGGCCUUUAUGGUGGAGUGGCCAGACGCAAGCCACACCUCAGUAAAAGGCACAUGACAGCCCGCUUGGAGUUUGCAAAAAUACACAUAAAGGACUCUCAGACCAUGAGAAACAAGAUUCUCUGGUUUGAUGAAACCAAGAUUGAACUCUUUGGCCUGAAUGCUAACCGUCACGUCGAGGAAACCUGGCACCAUCCCUACGGUGAAACAUGCUGGUGGCAGCAUCAUGCUGUGGGUCUGUUUUCAGCAGCAAGGACUGGGAGACUAGUCAGGAUUGAGCCAAAGAUGAACAGAGCAAAUUACAGAGACAUCCUUGAUGAAAACCUGCUCUAGAGCGCUCAGUACCUCAGACUGGGGUGAAAGUUCACCUUCCAACAGGACAACGGCCCUAAGCACACAACCAAGACAAUGCAGGAGUGGCUUUGGGACAAGUCUCUUGAGUGGCCUUGCCAGAGCCUGGACUUGAACCUGAUCAAACAUCUCUGGAGAGACCUGAAAAUAGCUGACGCUCCCCAUCCAACCUGACAGAGCUUGAGAGUAUCUGCAGAGAAGAAUGGGAGAAACUCCCCAAAUACAGGUGCGUCAUACCCAAAAAGACUCGAGGCUGUAAUUGCUGCCAAAGGUGCUUCAACAAAGUACUGAGUAGAGGGUCUGAAUACUUAUGUAAAUGUGAAAUUGCAGUUUUUAUUCGUAAUACAUUUGCAAACAUUUCUAAAAAACUGUUUUUGCUUUGUCAUUAUGGGGUAUUGUGUGUAGAUGAGGGAAAAUAACAAUAUAAUCCAUUUUAGAACAAGGCUGUAAUGUAACAAAAUGUGUAAAAAGUCAAGGGGUCUGAAUACUUUCAGAAUGUGCUGUAUCUGUAGUUGUUUCUCUCUAGAUCACUGUGAUGGUUAAAAAAAAAAAAUCCAUGUAAUUUACGAUGCCUUUGAUAAUACCCUUCACUUACUUUGUGUGUGCCAACUAGCUCUCACAGUCUCACGUCAGAGUUAGACUUUCAUCCAUGUUUCUCAAACGUCAAAUGUUGAAGUUGUUCCAAACUUUACAUUUCAAAGUGCUAAAGGUUAGGUUUAGGCAUUAACUCCACAUGUUUAAGGUGAGGGUUAAGUUUAGGCAUUAACUCAGAAAUCUUAAGGUUAGGUAUUAACUCCUAAUGGUUAAGGUAAGGGGAAAAGUUUGGGAUAGGCGGGAA